AUGGAUUUGCUGGGACAGGCGGGCCAAAUCUCCAUCGUGGCCGCUGAAAUCAUCGGCGGGAAUGAACACCUGAUUGUGGAGAUCCUUCAACGUCUGCCAGUGAAAUCCCUCAUUCGAUUCAAGUCUGUCUCUAAAACAUGGCUCUCUCUCAUCUCUUGUCGUCGAUUCUCUUUCCUCCUUUGGCAACAACAACAGCGACAAUCCCAGCGUCCCAAAAUCUCUGGUCUUUUCUUCACCUCUAGAUACCGAACUGGAAUCAAAUACCUUUCCCUCAUUAACUCCUCUGGUCAUAGUAAUGGCGUAAUGAAUCGCAAAGAAAACAAGUCUCUAGCGAGUCUUCCUAAUAGCAUUGCGAGAAUUCUUUGUCAUGAAAAAAAGAAGUUUUUAGCUCUUUUUCCCGAGACCUAUACUACAAUCAUAGACUCUUGUAAUGGUUUUCUACUGAUCUGUUGGUUAACUAAUAAUUCCAAAUCUUAUCACAUUUACAAUCCUACUUCCAAGCAAUUCUUUACUCCUCCCUGGCCUUUUCCCCAUACUGACAUUGUAAAUUUGGCUUCUGAUCAUUCGAAAUCACUUCACUACAAAGUUGUUUUGCUUGAGAGAUCGUCAUGCUACUUCUAUCAAAUUCAUAUUUAUUCGUCAGAAACUAAUAUGUGGAGACCCUCUGGCGAUCCUUUCUCAGCAAUAGAAUUGGACUUUGAUAAUGGAGUCUAUUGUAAUGGCUCCAUCCAUUGGAUUUCCUUUCGCUCAGAAGGAACUUCCAUAUACUUUGAUGUUGAUCAAGAAAAUUUGUGCCAAAUGCCAUCUCCACCAUAUCGGGCUACAUUUGAAUUUCGGCAUUUUGGGGAGUCUAGAGGUCAUUUGCAUGUUACUGAGUACAUUCAUAUCUUUGAUCAUACCAGAUUUAAUGUUGUUCACAUCUCUGAGAUGGAAAGUGAUUACUCUAAGUGGUCAUUGAAGUACCGGGUUGACCUUAAACCGAUGAUAAUUGAUCUUUCAUUGCAAGAGAGGAUUGUCCCUGACGAGUUCUCUGUGCUUAGUUUAAUUCAUGAUGAUGAAGCAGAUCAUGUGUUUUUGGUGCUAUUUGUUGGCACCAAUAUGAUCAUCUCCUGCAACAUAAAGAAUAAUAUCUUCAAGAAGCUUGAUGUUGUAACACCCCAACCAAGUACUGGGAUUCGAAGGAAGAAGAGCUGCUUAUUGGACUAUGACUGUGCUUCACAUACUCCUCAUAGAGCGAUCACCGGUGUAGGAGUGCUCUGGCGGAAGGCCAUCCUAGAUUGUUUCGAAACGAAAGCCGGGACAGCGAUUGAAAUGGGAUUGAAUAUUAGUAUGACGGAGGAGGCGAGAAUGGAUGUGGUCGGUGAGGAGGAAGAUGAUGUGGAGGCCGGUGAGGGAGAAGAGGUCGGCGAGCUUGAGCAUGGAGUUUAUUGGACCUUGCAGAGGUAA